AAAAAAAAAAAAAAUUCAGGAGGAAUCGCCUCUACGACAAGGAAGCAGUUGAAAAAAAGGUGUUGUCGGAGACCUCCGGUCGCCUUGAUAAAUUUAGAUCAUCCAGAAGCGAUCAGUCCUUUGCGCGUCGGGAUUAGGCUCCGGCAGGGUUCACUGUGCACGGUUUUCUUUUAUAAUUCCUUCACCGCCUCCUUCAAUCCAUUUCCGCUUCCGCAGGCGCAUGUGGGCCGGUAACGAUGUGGCGGCGUUGAGGUUGAUUUCAAAUCGGACACACAGGGAGAGCGACGAGACACGGGCAGUUGGUUGAGGGUAUUAAUAUGGCUGAUAUCUACGUCUGGCUCCUCUCCUUCUUCAUUAUCAUUGCGCUUCUUAUACUCGUCGUUUUCCAGCUAAUGUGCUUAGCUGAUCUUGAGUUUGAUUAUAUCAACCCAUAUGAUUCCUCAUCACGGAUAAACAAAGUUGUUAUGCCUGAGUUCAUCACUCAAGGAGUCUUGUGCAUCUUCUAUCUCUUAACAGGGCAUUGGAUUAUGUCAUUGUUUUGUGUUCCCUACCUCUAUUAUAAUAUAAGAUUGUACACUCAGCGGAAGCACCUGGUAGAUGUUACUGAGAUAUUUAACCAGUUACCUUGGGAGAAAAAGCAAAGACUUUUCAAACUCGUGUAUCUUGUUUCUCUCAUCUUCCUCUCCAUAUUUUGGUUAAUUUACAGUGCGUUGGAGGAUCAUGAGUCUUGAAUAGAUCAUGCAAAGUGUUGUCUUGUAAGAGAUAAAGCCACUGUGCGCCUCACUACAAAGCUUGGUGUACUUACUCCCUAGGGUAUCUUCUUGUGUUGUAAUUCUAAAGCUUUUUUCUUCUUCUUCUUUUCAUUCCUACGAUAUACUGAUAUCUUUCUCUGCUGCCUAUAAAUGAAAAUUUUAAAAUCUAUUA